AUGCCCGGUGGCCCGUGGCCCGUGGCCCUUAAACUAUACUAUCUAUACGAAGCACAUGGCCCGGAUGACCCACGUCGAUGGGUGGAAGCCAAAUUUUUAUCGCAGCAGGGCGUACUCACAUCAGCAAUACGCGCAGUGAGCACACCCUCCGUGUCUGCAUCACGGGUCCCAGCGACCAGCCAGAUCCGGCUAUGCAAGUGGGUGAUGGAAGCACAACGCAAGGAAAUGGCCACGCGUGUGGGGUGUCUUGCUCGUGUGGAGCUUCCGUGUAGACUUAGUGUCCCCGACAGGACAGAUGGGGACCGGGCCCAAGGCGAACCUGAAGGCAACCAGGAUGGGUCGGAUAACCGUGAUAGGCCCAGGGGAUGA